AUGCGGCUCGCGCGAUCGCGCGAGCUUCCACGGCUUUUGAAAUCUUUGCGAAAUCUGGCAGCAAAAGCGAAGAACAUCGAGGUUUUUGUCCGGGUCCGGCCGCCGUCCAAAGCUGAGGAUGGGAGGAGGGAUAAGAUUGUCGCUGAGGUCGUGGAGGAUAGACAGAUCAGAGUAGGAUCGAAUGAAACGUUUUGUACUUGGUUUCUCAUACUCCUAUUCAACAUAGGUUGUGGAUCAAGGCUAUGGCAACACGACGACAAUAAGAACCUUCCAGUUCGAUGGCUGCCUUGGGCCCGAGGUGUUGCAAGACCAAGUUAUGGAGCGUUGUGGACUGCAAAGAAUGCUCGAGUCCGUCAUGGAAGGCUACACGUCCACUGUCAUGGCUUGCGGCCAAACCGGAUCCGGCAAGACGUACACAAUGUGCGGUCGACAAGAGGUCAGGAAACCACCACCUUGACAUUGAGUUUGAUCACUUUGCAGCGAGAAGUAGGCUGCGAUGAUGGCUUGAUUGCCCGAUCAGUCAAGUAUCUCUUCAGUGCGAUCAAGCUGGAGGCCGACCGGGAUGCUUCCAAGUCGUAUACGAUGCGCGCGUCUUACUACGAGAUUUACAACGAGCAGGUGAAUGAUCUGCUUCGACUUGAAUCAGCACCGCGAGAGAUCAAGUGGAACGUAAAAAGUGGAUACUACGUAGAGAGCUUGCUGCUUGUCGAGUGUGAAUCCGUGGACGACGUGUUUUCGGUGCUUAGCGAAGGAGCCAAGAACCGAAAGAUGGGAACGCACAAUCUAAACAAGGACAGCAGCAGAAGUCACUGUAUCAUGACGCUUCAUGUCGAUUCUCUGUGCCAUAUGGACGCUGGCCCGCCUGUUACGAAACUGGGGAGGAUAUUGUUUGUGGAUUUGGCCGGGAACGAACGCCUGAAAAAGAGCAAGAGCUCUGGAGAGAUGCUCAAGGAAACCGGGAGCAUAAACAGGUCUCUUUUCACUCUGGGGAAGGUGAUUUCUUGCUUGGCGGAGGGUAAGAAAGGCGAUGUCGUUCCUUACAGGGAGAGCAUGCUGACCAAGCUGCUCAUGGAGAGCUUGGGGGGCAACAGCUUAGCUCUCAUGAUCGCUUGCAUCUCUCCGGCGGUGACUGCGGUCGACGAGACGCUAAGCACGCUACAUUACGCAACGUGCACGAAGAAGAUCAUCAACGUACCCACUGUGAAUAUGGACGAGAAAGACAAGGUGAUACUGCAACUACAAAAGGACAUAUCCAGCCUCAAGCAAGAGAACAAGCUCCUGCGGACAAUUUUGGGUGUUUCCGCCGAGGAGGAGGUGCCCGCGGACGUGCUAGCCUCUCUCAAGUCGGACGAGGCAAUGCUCCUCAACCAAAUGGUGCUAGCCAAGGCCGGGCUGGCGCAUCAAGGCGACCUCCAAAAGAUACGAUUGCCGCCAAUCAAAUCCAUCAACGCGCAGAGUGACAUGCUGCUGCCCACCGACGUCCUCGGCAAAUAAAACAGACUUUCGCCCCAGAAAACAAGUUGCUCGCGUCCCGCGCCCAGCACAAGCUGCUGCUGACUUUUUGUAAAUUAAACAUCCCAUACGCAAAAACCAAUGUGGCACGA